AUGAACAACGACAACGAUCGUACAUCGGAGGCAUCGUCGGAAGAAUCUGAUUCAGAGUUUGAAGACGGUGGUGACGGUGUGAAUUAUAGUGCGAAUUUUGUCACAGACACGUUUUUUCCAACGUUUGAUGAUGCAGUUAAAUGGGCGGAUGCUGUUGCCAUAAAUCUGGGAUUUAUUUUGGUUAAAUCGUCUUACAACAAAACCAGAGAUGGUCGACCAUAUCGAUAUUUGAGAUGUGAUCGGGGACGAAAUAGCAAGCCGAGAGAUCUUGAGAACGCAAUUCGGAUGGACACAAAAACCAAAGCUUAUGGUUUUCCUUCCUACAUCAAGAUAUAUUAUGAGUUCAUCAUCGAUAGUUGGAAGAUCCGGGCAAAAAAUGAUGCAACUGGGACCCAUAACCAUCCAAUGAUUGUGUAUCAGGAGGGUCAUCGUAAAAUUAGUGGCUUGAGCUCGGAUGCGAAGAAGGUUGUGCGUGACAUGACAAAGUCCAAGGUUACACCGUGUAACAUCAUGGCGGCUAUUGCAGAGCAAUUUCCUAAUGAUCAUCCAAACAUCAGAAUUAUUUACAAUUGCCGGAAUGACUUGAGAACGGAGAUGUCUGAUGGGAGAGGAGUUGUUCAUCAAUUUAUUCAUUUGGCGAGACAGAGUCAGUAUAUUUACUGGGUCAUGUCUGAUGAUCUUGGCGUUCUACAGCAUGCGUUUAUGAUGCACCCAAUCACGGUAAACAUACUACGCACGUACCCAUAUGUGAUCGGUAUGGAUUCGACUUACAAGACCAACCGAUAUGGGAUGCCGUUCUUUGAGAUAGUUGGUGUGACACCGAAAAAUCAAAAUUUCCUCGUCAACCGUGAGCUUGGCCUCUGUGCGGCAUUGAGAGAAGUGUUUCCAGGGACGUCGCAUUUACUUUGUCGAUGGCACAUUAACAAAGAUGUGGAGGCUCGGGUCACUGAUAUGUUCAAAAACAAGAGGAUCGGUGUGAGUUUCAAAAACGACAAAUGGAAACGUAUCAUAGAUGCUGCAACCGAGGCGUAUUAUAAUGCUGCUAUAGAUACAAUGAAAGCUCGGUGGGCAAGUUCUUUGGAUACCGUAUGGGCUCAAGUACAUUGUCAUAUUGGUAGCCAGAUCAUUGCGAUUCAUAAUGGUUUGGAGGCGUCUAGGUCGAAGAUUGGCUUGUAUAUAAGGCAAAUUCAUCCAUUCUGGAAAACCAUGGUUAUCUGUGAUGGUGUUGAUGUACCGAUGUUCGUUAACGACUCGACCGAGGAAGCUGCACAUUUUCGUUCCCUGGUUGAUGAGGUCAUUGGCAGUGAUCCUGCUGUACAACGAAAUGUAUCUCGCAUCAUUGAGGAGGAGCUGCAUUCAAAUCAUUGA